AAAAAUAUGAAAAGGAUACCGAAAGCACACGCUUGGCUAUCGAAUCAGAAAGUGUCAUGACUGAUAGUAUUAUGGCAAAUAACUUUGACUUCGAUAUAGAAUUGAAGCUAUUUCUUUUCAACUAUACUAGCUUUAAUAAAGCACGUGAAUUUGCAGAAGUGGGUAAAAGAGAAGAUAUUAGUAUUUUAAGGGAAAAUAAUGCCGAUACCGAUCUAGACAGUAGUAAUAUAGUAUCUUCUUCGGCAUCUAAUCUUGAAUUCAGCAUAAUGAUAAAUGAUGAGAAUGAGUUUCUUGUCAAUGGUAUUUUUGAUGCCAAUACUAAACUUAGCCCACAAUUGUCAGCUUGCUCAAUUUUGAACUUUAUUAAUGGUAAUGUUAAAUGCUGUGAGAACUAUUCACGAUCACAAAGACCACUUACUCAACUUAUCAGAACAUGA